UCGGUGGUCACGUGACCGCCUCACGUGCGCGCCGCUUCCUGGUUCUCCUGCUCCUCCUGCUGUUUCCGCCGCACCUCCUGCUCCACAGCAGAGCUGACGGGUUUCAAACUAGCGGAGGUGAAGGGGGGAAGAUGAACGGUGAAAACUUCAUACUGAGCGAGAGGAUCGUUUCAGCCUCCUACAUCCGACAGGGGUCUCAGGCGCGUCGCAGCCAUGAGCAGCUCAUCAGACACUUGCUGGAGCAGGGUAAGUGUCCAGAGGAAGGGUGGAGUGAGAGCACCAUCGAGCUCUUCCUGAACGAGCUGGCCGUGAUGGACAGCAACAACUUCCUCGGCAACUGUGGAGUGGGAGAGAGGGAAGGCCGGGUGGCGUCCAGCCUUGUGGCCAGAAGACAUUACAGGUUGAUCCAUGGCAUUGGUCGGUCUGGCGACAUCGCCGCUGUCCAGCCCAAAGCUGCCGGAUCCAGUCUGCUCAACAAGCUGACCAACUCAGUUGUGCUGGACAUCUUAAAGCUUGCAGGCGUACGGAGUGUGGCGAGCUGCUUUGUAGUUCCCAUGGCAACGGGGAUGAGCUUGACUCUGUGUUUCCUGACCCUCCGUCAUCGGAGGCCCAAGGCUCGCUACAUAAUUUGGCCCCGCAUCGACCAGAAGUCCUGUUUCAAAGCCAUGAUCACAGCAGGCUUCGAGCCGGUGGUGGUGGAGAAUGUUCUCGAAGGCGACGAGUUGCGGACAGACUUGGAAGCCGUCGAGCGCAAGAUCGAGGAGCUCGGAGCCGAGAGAAUCCUGUGUCUUCAUUCGACGACGUCCUGCUUCGCCCCGCGAGUCCCUGACAGGCUGGAGGAACUGGCAAAUAUAUGUGCCAAACAUGACAUCCCGCACAUAGUUAACAAUGCAUACGGCGUACAGUCGUCCAAAUGCAUGCACCUGAUACAACAGGGGGCACGUGUUGGAAGAAUCGAUGCCUUUGUCCAGAGUUUAGACAAGAACUUCAUGGUUCCAGUAGGUGGUGCCAUAAUCGCAGGCUUUGACAUUUCCUUCAUAGAGGAGAUUAGUAAGAUGUACCCAGGUCGAGCAUCAGCCUCACCCUCCCUGGACGUCCUCAUUACCCUUCUAACUCUGGGCGCCAGUGGCUACAAGAAACUUCUGUCAGAGAGAAAGGAGAUUUAUUCGCUCCUGGCUCAGGAGCUGAAGGGCCUGGCCUCUGCACACGGGGAGAGAUUGCUUCACACCCCACACAACCCCAUUUCACUGGCCAUGUCUCUGGAUGGUGUCCAGGCUGAGAGCGACAAGGCAGUGACUCAGCUGGGCUCCAUGUUGUUCACCCGGCAAGUGUCCGGAGCCAGGGUGAUACCACUGGGCAAGGAGCAGACGAUAAGCGGACACACGUUCCAUGGCUUUAUGUCCCACUCGGAGGCAUACCCCUGCCCCUACCUGAACGCCGCCUCCGCCGUGGGCAUCGCCCGAGAAGAUGUGACACUGUGCGUCAAGCGGCUUGACAAGUGCCUGAAGGCUCUGAAGAAAGAGUCAAAUGUGGCCAAGAGUAGUUCCCCGGUGGCUCCGCCGAGCCAGGGCGACGCGGCGGGAGAAUGACACGACUGAAAGGAGAACAUUUCAACAGCCAAGCGUGAUUUCUGCCUGGUUUGACGUCCCACCUGAUUUGAUCUGCGUGAGGCCGACGCUGUAAUAAGGUCAAAGACUUGACCUGAUGUCACUGAUUUAAUUCCCUUUUCUCGCUUUAAUUUAUGAUGGAUUGUGGACUAUGGAUUGAUAGUUUACAAUGUUCUUCACUGCUUUUUCUUAAUCAUGAUCCCUCCGUUUACUUUGCUAAUGGCAGAGACAGUCUGCACACUUUGUCUCCGUUCUGUUUUUGGGAAUGCAUUAAGCCUUUCCACUCACUGAUACAUUAAACCACAGGACUUUAAAUCGUAGCAUGUUGUGCCAUGUCUUCUGCUGUGUAUCGUAAUGUGAUACGAGUGCUGCUGAAACAUUAACAUCCAUCUGAACCCUGUAUAUUGGAUUAGCUCAUUUAUUUCCAGGCUUGGUAACCGAUAGCAAGCAACAGAUAAUCAAUGGAGCACACCAAACAUAGACCUCUCCUGUAUUCAAUAGAAGGAAGACGUUUGUGUCAGUAAAAAGCAUUAGCAAUGUAAGACGUUUGUUGUACAAAAGGGUUAAGACGAUGAUAUAGUAAAUUAAAUUAAAAUCACACAGAUGAAA